AUGCUCGCUUCUUUUCCACUCGUUGCUUUGUUCCUCUUCCAGGCCUUUGCUGCCUUCAUUCCUUCUGCUGAGCUUGUGCCCAUUGGAGAGGGCGAGCUUUUUCGACGACAGGCAUCAUCUUCUUUGACUCCUUCUGCUACUUCUACCACUAAGCCAGAUUCCCAAUGCACCAACUCUCCAUUCACACGCCAGUGCUGGGGCAACGGCUUCAGCAUCACCACUAACUAUGAUAGUACUUGGCCUGUCACCAACAAAGUUGUCUCUUACCAUCUGGAGGUCAAGAAUACUACCUUGGCUCCGGAUGGAGUUCCAAGAGUUGUCUAUGCUAUCAACGGACAAUUUCCAGGACCGACAAUCCGGGCCAGUUGGGGCGAUAUCCUGGAAAUCACCGUGACGAAUAGCUUGACAACAAAUGGUACCAGCUUCCACUGGCAUGGUAUCCGACAAUACAAAACCAAUCAUAUGGAUGGUACCAAUGGUGUAACGGAAUGUCCACUGGCUCCUGGAAAGUCUCGGACCUAUAGGUUCCUCUGUACACAAUUUGGCACCACGUGGUAUCAUAGUCACUACUCCGAUCAAUACACUGAUGGUGUCGUUGGAACAAUGAUUAUUGACGGGCCAGCAACUUCAAACUAUGAUAUCGAUCUUGGUGCCAUGCCUAUCACAGACUGGUACUAUCGUCCUGCAUUCGAGCUGGCGCCCUUGGUUCAAAGAGGAGCUUUCCCGGGUGGUCCUACCGGUAGUAACAUCCUCAUCAACGGCACCAAUGUCAGUCCCAACGGCACAACAGGACAAUAUCAUCGCACGUCUUUAACCAAAGGAAAGAAGUAUCGUCUCCGCCUUAUCAAUACAUCUACCAACGACAAUUUCAAAGUCGGCCUCGACGGGCACAAUCUCACCGUCAUCAGUGCAGACUUCGUCCCGAUUGUGCCUUAUACCACGCAGUGGAUCUUCCUUGCAGUUGGUGAACGCUACGAUGUGGUAAUCAAUGCCAACCAAGCAAUUGAUAGCUACUGGCUUCAUGUGAUUCCUCAGAGGGGCUGUAGCAAAAACGCUGUCACAAAUGCGCUUGCCAUCUUCAGCUAUGUUGGUGCACAGUCACCAGUUCCCUCCAACGCCACAAGAUCGAAUGCUCCACCAGGUGCCGACUGCAGUGAUCCCAACGACAAGCUAGUACCAUACGUCAAGCUGAAUGUCCCUGACAAUUAUACAAUUCCAGCAAAAUCGCGUCUCGAUGUGGGAUUCGCCAUCGUUCAAGACAAGGCAAACCAGACUUUGUUCCAAUGGAAUCUGAACUUCACAGCAAUCGUGGUUCCCUGGGGUACACCCACUCUACAAUAUGUCUUGAACAACAAUAACAGCUACCCGUCGAACAUGAAUCUGAUCUCGCUCCCCGAUGCGAACGCAUGGUCAUAUUGGGUGAUUCAAGCCAUCCCUACCAUUGCACCUCCAAUCCCACAUCCAAUCCACCUCCACGGACAUGACUUCUAUGUCCUCGGCGCCGGCAGUGGCAUCUUCAACAACUCACAGACACUCAAGUAUAAGAACCCUCCACGGCGCGAUGUUGCUAUGCUGCCAGCGUCGGGAUACCUGGUCAUCGCGUUCAUUACCGACAAUCCGGGUGCAUGGCUCAUGCACUGCCACAUUGGUUGGCAUAUCGGUCUCGGUCUCGGUGCGCAAUUUCUCGAGGUACCAGAUAAGAUUGCAGGGCUGGGCGUUGGAUCUGAAUUCAAUCAGGUGUGUAGUGAUUGGAAUAAGUACUAUGAUACUGCUCUGUUCGAUCAAGAGGAUUCUGGGCUUUGA